CAAUGGCCUCACCUAUUCGGUCUGGCUCCAGUCUUCGCCUUUCCAUUUUCAUCACUCUAUAGAAUCGAAUCACAUGACAAAGCAGAGUGACUUUUCCGAUUGAAUCACAACAAAAGCGGAAAGUUUGGGAGAGAAAUGGAACACCCAUUCUUCAGCAACGCCAAUUCCAACCGGGCGGAGGCUCUCAGGUGGCUUUCCAUCGCCGAGAAGUUGCUGAACACCCGUGAUCUGUUAGGGUCCAGAUCAUUUGCGACCCGGGCCCGAGACUCCGACCCGACCCUGCUGCAGGCUGACCAAAUCAUAGCCAUAGCCGAUACCCUCAUCGCCGGCGAGAAGCGGAUUAACAACCAGCACUACGACUGGUACGCCAUCCUCCAAGUCCCUCCCAACCAGCGCCACGACACCGACUUCAUCGCCAAUCAGUACCACCGGCUCACUCUCCUACUCAACCCCAACAAGAACAACCUCUCCUUCGCCGAUCAGGCUUUAAGGCUCGCCGUCGACGCUUGGUCGUUGCUGUCUAACCGUUUCAGGAAGAACUUGUAUGAUGAAGAGAUCGGGUUCCUUCUGACCCUUAACCAGGAACCAGGUCCUCCUCCUGCUCCGAACGUGGUAUCUACUGCUCAACAGCCCGGCGCGUUUAAUGUUUUUCCCAACUCAAACAGAGAUCAACAGCAAAUGUUAUUUGCUAGCCCUGAGCAACGGUCAAUUGGCUCGGGGCAAUCGUUUCUGAGUAGAGACUCUGUUCAGGCUGUGACCUCUAUGCAGCAGCAGCAGCACUCAAGCUCGGGUAGAGGACAACAACAGCAACCAGCAAUGUUUUUCAAUCGAGACCAACAGCAACCGUUGACUUCUGUCCACGCCAUGAACAGAGACCCCACUCAUCAAACGGAAACCUAUAUGCCGAGCUCCGGUAGAGAACCUCAUAUGAUUUCCUUUGGGUCAAGCCCGGGUCAAGCAGAACAACCACAUGUAGCUUCCAUGCAAAGCCCCCUUACCGACCAUCUGAGGAACACACAGCCACCACAGCAAAACGAGGGUUCUGUAGGAAAAACUGAGAAUCUCCGUGGUAGUUCUAUUGAUAAUGCAAAUAAUGACAAGGAGAACGAAGUUAGAGUAGAGGAACCUAAGGUUGUCAUUCCUAGCUUUUGGACUGCUUGCCCAUAUUGUUAUAAUAUGUUUGAGUACCCUGAUGCAUAUAUAGACUGUACAUUAAGGUGUCGCAAUUGCAAGAUGGCAUAUCAGGCCAUAGCAAUUGCGUCGCCCCCUCCCAUUAUUGAUGGGAAAGAUGCUUACUUUUGCUGUUGGGGGUUUAUUCCCUUGGGCUUCUCUGUGGGAGAUUGGGAGAGAAAUAGAGAUCGAGCUACAAGCUGGAGUCCUUUCUCACCUAUGUUCAGUUGUCCUACAGGUGGGGGGAGAAAUGGGGAUAGUGGGGGUAAAACUGAAAAUAAUUCUGCCAUGGGGCUGAAGGUUGGAAACACUCCAGGCGGUUUUCAUAGUGCUGAGGCUCCUAAAGACGGUGCCGUCCAGAAGAAUGUGAAUGCAAGGAUGGAUGACAUUGAUGGUGGUGGUGGUGGUGGUAAUGAUGAUGGGCUUGUAGAACUAUCGGCAUCUGGUGGGGAAUCAGACAAUGAUUGGCAAGAUGAUACGAAGAGGAAGAAAUCAAAAGGCAUGAGAGGGAAUGGGGUAAAGACAAAGAAUCCGCCAGUCAGAAGUGUCCAGAAACAGCAUUUUGAUAAGGGAAAGAAUGGCAAACGUAAUUCAAUAGAUGGGUUGCAAGCUCAAGGUGGUGGCCGUGUCACAGUCGAGGCAUUUAAGAAAGGUCUUGUUGGAAAUACCAGGCGACACUUUGGUAGGAUUGCCAGAGACUAUGGGAAGUUGGACCUAAAUGUGGAGUUUAGUAAUGAGGGCGAAGAGCACCCACAUUUGAUGGGUGGACAUGGUCAUGGAUCAGGAAGGGGAGUGGAUGAUAACAUUGAAGGGAUUGGAUUUUUUGAGGGUCUUGAUGAGUUCCUAAGCAGUCUUCCGAUACUCAAUGUUGUUGGCGAGGAUAAGGUUAAGGUUGCUUAGUGAAACUAUCGGCAUUUCUAUGAUAGCUGUAACUCUAGCCUUUGCAUUUACAUUUUGUAUGCUUUGUGGUAUGGAACCAGGUAGGGUUACUUGGCCCACGUGACUUGAUGUAUUUUCUGCUGCAUUUUUUCAGCAAUCGUGUCCUUUUAUUUUGUAAUGCAAUAACAUUUUGUUUUAUUUUGCCUAUAAUCUUAAAAGGAAUGCUCUCCUCGGUUUCAACAUAAACAUUUUCGAGCCCAUGAAUUGGAGUCUGAUUCCCUCCCCCCUGUUAUAUCUG